AUGUUUGGCAAGAAACAAGAACCAGAGGUCGCCGAGGUCCUCGAGCAGCGACAGCCCGCCGCCGCCGAGGCGACUGAGCACCAGCACCGCAUGUCCGUCUCCAACCGGGGUCUGACGGGCGCCUCCGCCUUGACGGUCAGGCAAUCGAUCCUCCCCAUCACGCUGGUCACCCUGCUCUUCUUCCUGUGGGGGUUUGCUUACGGCCUCCUCGACGUCCUCAACGCCAAGUUCCAGACGGCGCUGAACAUCACGGCCGCCAAGGCCGGCGGUCUCCAGGGCGCCUACUUCGGCGCCUACUUCAUCGGGCCGCUGACGUACUCGGGCUGGAUCGUGCGCAAGUUCGGGUACCGCUGGACCUUCAUCACGGGGCUGUGCAUCUACGGCGUCGGCGCGCUCAUGUUCUGGCCCUCGGCCGUGUACCGCUCGUUCCCGGGCUUCUGCGGCUCGCUCUUCAUCGUCGGCUCCGGCCUCUCCACGCUCGAGACCAGCGCGAACCCCUUCAUCGCGACGUGCGGGCCCCCGCGGCUGUCCGAGUUCCGCCUCGAGCUGUCGCAGUCGUUCCAGGCCAUCGGCUCCGUCAUCGCGCCGCUGCUGGCGGCCCGCGUCUUCUUCUCGCACACGGAGCCCAACGACCUGUCCAAGGUGCAGUGGACGUACCUCGGCAUCGCCGCGUUCGUCUUCCUGUUGGCCGUGGUCUUCUUCUUCACGCCCCUCCCCGAGGUCACCGACGCCGACAUGGCGCUGCAGGCCGAGCAGAGCGCCGCCGAGACCGGGUUCCAGGACAAGCCGAUGAGGAAGCAACACAAGCUCUUCUUCGGCGUCGCCGCGCAGUUCUGCUACGUCGGGGCGCAGGUCGGGGUGGCCAGCCAGUUCAUCAACUACGCCGCCGAGAGCGCGAGGCUCACGCACGCCGAGGCGAGCGACCGGUACGCCAUCGGCCAGGGGCUGUUCGCCAUCGGGAGGUUCGCGGCGGCCGGGCUGAUGAUGUUCGUCAAGCCCCGUCUCGUGCUCAUGACCUUCAUGACGGGCAUCAUGGUGUUCAUCGCGCUCGCGAUCGCGCUGUGGGGUGAAGCCGGCAUCGCCAUGUUGUCGCUCGUGCUCUUCUUCGAGUCGUGCAUCUUCCCGACCAUCUUUACGCUUUCCAUCAGAGGUCUGGGACGGCACACGAAGCGCGGCAGCUCCUGGAUUGUGGCUUCGGUGUGCGGAGGAGCGCUUUUCCCGUCGUUGACCGGGCUGCUCGCCGACCGCAAGGACUACCACAUCGCCAUGUUGGUUCCCCUCAGCGGAUUCGUCGUGAGCUUUGCGUAUCCCAUCUUCCUCAACACGAUCUGGAAGCGCGAGCUGGACGGUUUCAGCGCCAGCAAGAUCGGAAACACCGACGAGAAUGGAGUCAUUGGCGACCCGAUGCGUGAGGAGACGGAUAAGACGAGCUCAAAGCAUCUGGAGGCAUGA